UAGAAAACGAAAACAUCAACUCAGAAUCGAUCAGUAAACAUUCAAUCAGGGGAAAAUUCGACCAAUUUUCUACAGUAAAAAUUAAAAUCGUCUACAAAUGCGAUAGAUCAAAAGUAAAUUGAUUUACAACGAAAAAUUGAAAAGUUCAUCGAUGCAAUCUGCUUCCAUUUUGGAAGCUAAAAAAUAUAUAUAAACACGAUGACAAUUAUUCAUUGGUGAAGCGAUAAGAUAAAAUGCAGUUGUUUUAACGGGAACGAAAAUACAAAGAAAACAGCAUAAAUACAUUGUUUGAUGCAAAUAUUCGCACUGCCAUCCAAUUAAAAUUAGUCUGAUCGAAGGAUAUAUCAAUGGUUAAAUAUGAAGCGAGCGGCUGAAGUUACAACCAGUCAACUGCAUUCGGAUAUAGAAAAAGCAACCAAUGAUUUGAGUGUAUUGCGGAAACCCAUAAAAACAUCGAUAAACGGACUGAAUGAAGCGAGAAAAGCCUUUGAAGAUGGCACCGAAGAGGUACGUAAACUGCUAUCAAAUGAAUGUGACAUCAUUUAUGAAUGUAAGGUGUGUCGAAAUAUGUUUCGAAGUUUGGCCAAUUUCAUAAGUCACAAACGAGUUUAUUGCAAAGCAACCUACAGUUUAUCAUUGAACCAUGAUUUUCACAAUGAUGGCCAAGGAUUCAAUCAAGAUAUAUCGACAAUUGUUCAAGCCGAAGGUGAUUUUUUGGGUACUGUUAAAAGUAGCAAAAACAAUGAAAAGGAUUUAAGUAGCAUAGUCGAACGACUCAUUAAACGAGAAAAAACUAGUCGAUUAUUGAAACUUAACGAUUUUUAUGAACAAGUCAAUAAAAAACUCACGCAAGAUGACAUUAUGCGAAAGAGACAUGUACUACAUUUGGACGUUGUUCCCGAAUCGAAUGUUGCCGUUUAUCAAACGGUUAAAGAUGAACAUGAUACGAGCGACAAUAUUAAAACCGAAGUCAUUGAAAUACAAAGCAUACAAAAUACGGACAACAGUUGUACAGUUUUAGGACCCGAUGGAAAAGUAAUCAGUCCAUCGGAAUUGCCCACAUUUCCAGACGACGAUGAACAAAUUAAACUGCCACAACCAUUUGAAUGUGAAAUAUGUAAUAGUAAAUUUGCAACCGAAAAAAUGCUUAAACUGCAUAUAGAAACAAAGCACAUCACAUCUACGUAUGUUUUUCAAUGUCCAUCGUGUAGUAAAACAUUUUUGCAGGUUGGACAGGUGAUACGGCACUUGACAAACGAUCAUAAAAAAUCAAUGCGACGUGUUCGAUUAAUGCGUGAUUCGAUUUUAAAACGACGGACGCGAAUCGAUGAAGUACAGGUGAAAGGUCCCAGCAGGGAAUUGGCUCGUUUACAAACAGAUAAAGAACGCGUCGAUUCACAGAACAAAGCUUGGCUGGACAAUCUCGAGGAUAAUGAAAACGCUUGUAAAAAUGUUUGCCUGUUUUGCGGUAGACAAUUUGAUCGUAGAGCAGUCUUACUUUCACAUCAUAAGGUGUGUCAACAAAAGAAGAAACCAAACACACGUAUAUCGCUUACAAGGAAGGUUGAUCACGAUCGAUCGCAGUCAACAAACGGUUGGAACGAUCGAGAAUUCGACGAUUCAUCUAAUUCAAAUUCAUUAGACGGUGCCUGCAUUGAUGAUAAUAUUUUAUCAGCAUUAAAAGAAAAACCAAACAAAUCGAUAAAAAUUGAGCCGGACGUUUCUGAAAUAACGUCAACAAAUCGACGCAAAAGAAAUCGGGCAUUGAAAGCAAUUGUCAACGACGAAUCCAUUCAAUCGGAUGAUGAAAAAUCAUUGAAUAUAUGUUGGAAUGCCGACAGUGCUAUUAAGAUCAAAGAAGAGAAUGUAUCACCGAUCGAUGAUAUGAAUAUGUCGGAUUCGGCUAGCAAUCACACGGGCGACACUGACACCUUAGUUAAAACAUCCAAGUUUGAAAGUACAGUUGUGGUUAAAGAAGAAAAGAGAACACGCGCAUCUGCCAAUGAGAAUACCGGUAAAGUGAUUGAAACAAAAGCAAAAUCAAAAUUAUCUUCAAGCCACUGCAAGUACUGUUUUAAAAAGUUUUCAAAUCCAAGCAACCUUCGACGUCACAUAACAAUGAGCCAUUUUGGACCGAAAAAAUUUACAUGCAAUCUAUGUACAUUCCGUGCUCGUCGUAAAAUCGAUAUUCUUAGCCAUGUUCGGAGCAAACAUCAAUUUGGCGGCGAAAGAUCGGAUGCCUUUAAAUUUGUCACCAUAAAUGAUGAACCAAUGCCAAAACCACCACCACCAAGUGGUGUAAAUCGUCGUAAAGAAAAGCACACCGAAGUAUUACGAGACGAUGACGAGGAAAUAUUUAUCGACAGUGAACCAUUCAUUGUGGAUGAUGCAAGUGAGCAACUCUUAGCACCAUUGGGCGCGUCAAAUGAAAAUAGCAACACCGAUUUAGACGAUAAUUCAAGUAAUCACAUUGAUGAUGUCGUCGAACAAGCCGAAACUAGCAAAUCAAAUGCCAAUUUAAAGCGAAAAGGUCGACCGAAAGCAAAAGACAAACCAAAGGGUUCGGCACGAUCACUUUCACCGGCAGAAAGUCAAAAACCAGAUGAAAUACUAGCAACACGGCGACCCAUCAGGAAUCGUAUAAUGCCCGUGAAAAAAGACUUUGUUUAUGAUUUAUCAACUCUAUUAAAAAAAGAUUACAAAGAUUUUCAAGAUGAAUUUCCAAAACAAACAAUAUCUCAGCCAGAACAACCUCAAUCACAAGUAACACAAGUCAAAUCAAGAAACGCAUCUCCAACACCAAUUGACAAUAAACCAAAUAAACGACGUCAAGUGCUUCCAAUCACAACCGAACCUAUUGAAAGUGAGCAUCAAUCAAAUACUGAUCAAUCAAAAGAAGAGCUACGAAAGCUGUCAUUACAACCACAAACACAACAACCACCUCCACCGCCACCGCCACAACCACAAAACCAUGAACAAUCAACCAAUAAAAAUGAAAGCGACACAGGCGUAUCGAUAAAAGGUGCUGCAGACGUGAUGGCACAGCAAGCGGUACAAGAAAAUCGUGCUGUAUUCUCAAAACCACCCGAAUUACCAGCUGAACGACCCGCUGCAAAUCUACAGCGUCAAUUUGAAAUUGACUGGCCAAUUUUGAAGCGUCCGCCGGCCAUCUUUGAUGGCAGCAAAUCGAAGUUGUCCAGUUUAAAAGUGCCUGGUCUUAAACGAAAAAAACGAUCGUGCAUGUUGAAGCAUCCAUCAAACACAAACUACAAAAAACGAUCGACUGAUAAGCUUAUAAAUGGACACACCGAAAAUCGAUACAAAUGCAAUGACUUAGAUGAUACAGCGGCAAAUACAAUGAAAAUCUCAUCAAAACUCGCAAAUAAAAUUCAACUAAAAUGCGCACAAAUUGACAACGAUAAUGCAAAAGCAAUCAAAUCGGAAGUGCUAAGUGCGCAACCAGUCACCUCAACUAAUUCACUAUCACCGCCAGCAUCAAAUAAAUCACAGCCGGAUGUGGCAAUAACAACACCGCGACGCAUGACACUGUUGGAACGUCUUGCAAAAAUUAAAAACCAAGAAAGUAAAACGAAGAAUUUAAAUGAAUCGUUAUCACGUAUGACGCUGCACUCGAUUGCAAACAGUGAUAACGACUCUGAUGAAGACUAAAUUUAUGAAUCUAGAAUUCUUUUUUUCGCUCAAUUCGAUUGAGCUAUUUGUUCCUUGAAGGACACAGUUUUAUUUACACAUUUGAUGUUUUCAUUGAGAGAGAGAGAGAGAGAGAGAGAGAGAGAGAGAGAAGAAAA